CCUCCGGCUGUAGCUCCAGCGCUCAUCCCGAGCAACAGGCGCAGUAUGACGCCUCACGUCCCGGAUCAGCCAGUCAAGAAGCAAAGCAAGUGGUCUCCUGAAGAAGAUGCCAUCAUCAUUGAGUUGCGGGGCAGAGGAAUGAAAUGGGAAGAUGUUUCAAAGCGGCUCCCAGGACGCAGUGCCAUUAGCUGCCGGCUUCACUACCAGAACUACCUCGAGAGACGAAGUGAGUGGGAUGAGGAGCGCAAGAAUAAGCUUGCCAGGCUGUAUGAGAGGUAU